AGAGGAAGAAGGUACCGCAUUAUUCAUACCUGCAGGCUGAUGCCAAUAUUUUAUGCACGAUCACCUACCUGACUCCGAGGAUCGUUCUAAUUGGCAGGAAGAGGGAGGAGGAAAUCUAGGAAGAAGAAGUUUCUGUGGAGAGUUCUGAUUUGUUUAUUUUUAGUGUGAAUUUGUUCUUCUUCUCUUCCUUCGAUGAAAGCAACCAGGACAUGUCGGAGGAGGAGGUGAGCUUCUGUUGUUGUAUCAUCCUGAUACUGUCCUCGGUUCUUGUCUCGAGUCAGGCGACCUCCGGCGCCACGGACAAGGAGGUCUUGCUCGAGCUCAAAGGCCAUCUCGAAGCCAAGAAUCCGAUACGCCAAGGCCCCUAUGCUCGGUGGAACCAAUCCGACCCUUCCCCCUGUGAUUGGCUUGGCAUCACCUGCGACGGUGCCGACCGCGUUGUCGGUGUCGAUCUCGCAGAAUCAAACAUAUCCGGCGAACUCUUCCCCCACUUCUACCUCCUCACCGAGCUCGCCCACCUCGACCUCUCCUCCAACACCAUCAGCGGCCCCAUUCCUGCCGACCUCAACCGGUGCAGUGGCCUCAAGUACCUCAACCUCUCCCACAACCUCCUCGAAGGACAGCUGAACUUGACAGGGCUAAUCAACCUCGAGACGCUCGACCUCACGCUCAACCGAUUCAAUGGCAGUAUCCGCUCCAGCUUCCCUGCAAUAUGUCUUAAUCUUGUCACCCUCAACCUUUCGGCGAACAGCUUCUCCGGCGACAUCACGGGUUGCUUCGACGAGUGCCCGAAACUCCAGUACUUCGACCUGAGCUCCAACCAAUUCACCGGACCGAUAUGGCGAGGCUUUCCAAAGCUCAGGGAGUUCUCAGUCUCGGAGAAUAACCUCACAGGAGACUUUCCGUCGAGCACCUUCACGUCCGGCUGCGACCUCGAGAUCUUGGACCUCUCCGCAAACAAGCUCUCCGGGACGUUUCCAAGCUCGAUCGCCAAUUGCUCAAAGCUGACAUCUUUGAACCUGUGGGGGAAUGCAUUCAUCGGCGCAGUUCCGUCCGGCAUCGGUUCGCUCUCGGAGCUCAACGCGCUCAACCUGGGGAAGAACUCGUUCGACCGGAUCAUCCCCGAGGAGUUGUUGAAUUGCUCCAAGCUGGUGUUUCUCGACUUCAGCAAAAGCAACUUCGGCGGCGAUGUCCAGGAAAUCUUCGGCCGGUUCACGACGCUCGAUUAUCUAAUCCUUCAAGGGAAUCAAUACACCGGGGGCAUCGAGUCGUCGGGAAUUCUCAGGCUUCCCAACCUCGUGAGAUUAGACCUGAGCAUAAAUCGUUUUUCCGGCGAUAUCCCGGUCGAGAUCACGAGAAUGCGGAAGCUCAAGAUCUUAAUUUUCGCCUACAACGACUUAUCCGGCGUCAUCCCGCCGGAAUUCGGCAGCAUGACCGGACUUCAGUUACUGGAUCUAUCUCACAACAAGCUCACCGGAUCGAUCCCUGUGGAAAUCGGGAAUUUGACGUCCCUCCUCUGGCUCAUGCUCGCGGACAACAACCUCACGGGCGAGAUCCCGCCGGAGAUGGGCAACUGCAGGAGCUUGAUGUGGCUGAACCUUGCCAACAACCGGCUCUCCGGCAGCAUCCCGCCAGAGAUAGCGACGAUUGGGAUCGAUCCGUUCCCGACGUUCGAGGCCAACCGCCGCCAGAUCCUGGGAGGCAUCGUCGGUUCCGGCGAGUGUUUGGCCAUGCAGCGAUGGAUCCCCGAGAACUAUCCGCCGUUCAACUUCAUCUACAUGCUGAUGACGAGGAAGACCUGCCGGGUUACUUGGGAACGCCUCCUGAAGGGUUACGGGAUCUUCCCCAUCUGCUCCAACUCCUCGACCCGGGUCCGAACCCUGGCCAUCUCCGGAUAUCUCCAGCUCUCCGGCAACCGACUAUCGGGGGGGAUCCCUUCGGAGAUCGGGCGGAUGAGGAACCUCAGCGUGAUCACCGUCGACAAAAACAGGCUCUCCGGCCACCUUCCGCCGGAUAUCGGCGGGCUGCCGCUCGCGGUCCUUAACGUCUCUGACAACAGGCUGUCCGGCGCGAUCCCGGAGGAAAUCGGCUCCCUGCAGUGUCUCUGGAGCCUGGAUCUCUCCCGGAACAACCUCUCCGGCGAGCUUCCGGCGAGCCUGAACAGCCUCUAUGAGCUGAACAAAUUCAACGUCUCUUACAACCCCCUCCUCUCCGGCGUGGUUCCAAUGAGCGGCCAGAUCUCCACCUUCGUUGGCGAUAGUUUCCUCGGGGACCCACUCAUCAGCUUCGCCUCCUCGUCGGCCGGCGGCGCCUCGCCGCCCGUCGGGAGCGGCCGCUCCAUGCAGUGGCGCGGGCGUUGGAAGGUGGUGGCAUUCUGGGUUUUCCUGGCGCUCUGCUCGGUCUUUGUCGCGUGCGGUGCCCUCUUCUUCACGCUCAUCAGGCUCGGGGGCGCCCGCGCGGCAGUGAAUCCGUACGCGGAUCAGGAACCCGACCCGGAGGGGCUCCUUCUUGGCGGCGUGAAGCGGCGGAGUGACGCUGUCGGGUCAUCGACCCCGACGAUGACCACGACCACGUCAUUGGCAGAGGCGGCGUCGGGCUGCUCGUCGGCUGACGGGGCGGGUGUGAGGGUGUUCCGGUUGGACAGGGGAGUUGAAAGGACGGCGUUUACGUACGGGGACAUUGUGGUGGCGACGGGAAACUUCGACGAGGGUAUGGUGGUGGGGCGGGGCGGCCACGGGGUUGUGUACCGCGGAGUGCUGCCGGACGGGAGGCUGGUGGCGGUGAAGAAGCUGCAGCGGAGGGGGAGGGAAAGUGGGGAGGAGGAGGACGAGGGGGAGAGAGAGUUUCGUGCGGAAAUGGAGGUGAUGGCCGGACGGUGCCACCCCAACCUGGUGGCGCUGCAUGGGUGGUGCCUGGCGCGGUCGGCGCGGUUGUUGGUGUACGAGUACAUGGAGGGGGGCAGUCUGGAGGAGGUGAUCGAGGACUGGGGGCGGUUCGGCUGGGAGCGGCGUCUGGCGGCGGCGACCGGGGUGGCGCGGGCGCUGGCGUUCCUGCACCACGAGUGCAUGCCCGCGGUGGUGCACCGGGACGUCAAGGCCAGCAACGUGAUGCUGGACGCGCGGGGCCGGGCGCGGGUCACGGACUUCGGCCUCGCCCGCGCGAUGGGGCCCGGAACGAGCCACGUCAGCACGGUGGUGGCGGGGACUGUCGGUUACGUGGCGCCAGAGUAUGCUCGCACGUGGAGAGCGACCACGCGGGGGGACGUGUACAGCUACGGCGUCCUGGCCAUGGAGCUGGCCACGGGCCGCAGGGCGGUGGACGACGGGGAGGAGUGCCUGGUGGAGCGGGUGAGGCGGGUGGCGACGGGGGAAGGGGGGCAGAGUUUGGCAGAGGCGGCGGGGGAGGAGGAGGGUGCGGCGGAGAUGCUCGGGUUGCUGAUGGUGGGGCUGCGAUGCACUGCGGAGGCACCGGGGGCGAGGCCGGACAUGAGGGAGGUGCUGGCUAUGCUGCUGAAGAUAGCCGACAGGAGUGGUGACGGCGCAAGAGAGACCGGAAGUGAAGGAAGCCAAAGUAGCGCUUCUCCUCCUCAUUGGUCGCUGCAGAGCCACAAUACAUCAUCAUCAUCUUCUUCCUCCGUGCAGAGUUAUUGGGAAGGAUUCUUUCGACAGCAUACAGAACGAGACGUUUAAUGUACAUAGACAGACGUGUUCUUUGACGCAACAUCGUUGUUUGAUAUAUUCUUUUUUCUUCUUUCAUUCCCGACACGAAAAAUAAUCGUAUUAUCGUUGGUUUGGUAAUGUUA